GCCCCCUCGGAGCAGCCAGACGGCUGGGGUGGCUCUGGGAGACGCCCGACAGCUGAUGCGGCUGGAGGAAGAAGGUCCUAAGGAUUAACCACCCUUCUGUCGCCCCAAUGAUCAACGCCACCUUCAACGCCACCGCCCAGCCGGGCGCACUGCCCCCGUUGCCCGGCGCCAAGCUAGGGCUGACCGUGCUCUCCUUGGCCUUCAUCCUGGGCUUCCCGGGCAACGUCUUCGUGGUGUGGAGCGCUCUCUGUCGUGUCCAGAAGCGGACGAUCACCUGCCUCCUCAUCCUCCACCUGGCCGUGGCUGACUGUGCUGUGCUGCUCACUUCCCCUUUCUUCCUUCGGCUCCUGAGCGCCGGGAAGUGGGAGUUCGGCUCCGUGGUCUGCCAGCUGUGCCACUAUGUCUGCGGCGUCAGCAUGUACGCCAGCAUCUUCCUCAUCACCCUUAUGAGCCUGGACCGCUGCUUAGCUGUCACUAAGCCCUUCAUCUCCCAGAAGAUCCGGACUGCCAUGGUGGUCAGGUCCUUGGUCUUGGCCAUCUGGAUGGUCUCUUUCCUCCUUGCCGUGCCGGUCAUUUUCUACCGCAAGCUGGUGCUUAGGGGCAGGCACCUUCUCUGCGACCUGUCCCAUCCCAGCAUUGGCCACCUUGUCUUCCACAACCUUUUUGAGACCCUGACCGGCUUUGUGCUGCCCUUUGCUGCCAUCAUUUGGAGCUACUGCGUCAUCGGGCGCAGGCUGCAGGACACCCGCUUCCGGAGGAAGCGCCGCACCAGCCGGCUCAUAGUGCUGAUUGUGGCCGCCUUCGCCCUCUUCUGGCUGCCCUUCCACGUGGUGAACAUCCUAGACGUGGCUGGGAAGCUGAGCCAGUCCAAGGGACUCAUCAAGGCCGGGAUGAUGGCCCGGCCCACCCUGACGGCCCUGGCUUUCUUCAGCAGCAGCGUCAACCCCAUCCUCUAUGCCUUCACCGGUGGUGCUUUGAUCAAGUCAGCCGGCUUAGGCUUCAUGGCCAAGCUCUUUGAGGGGACGGCCUCAGAGAUGUCCAGCACGCGGCAGGGGACGGGGCGGACCAUCCAGCGACGUGAGGAGGCCAAGUUGGAGAUGGUGCAGGAUGGGAAGCCAGAGAGCAUCACCCUUUCCACCAACCCGCUGGAGUAGCCCUCAGCCAUGUGGGACAGGCACUCUGACAAUCCCACUUCAUCCACCAACACCCUGGACUAGCACUAAGGCACGUGGGACAGGAGCUGCAACAAUCCCACCUCAUCCACCAACACCUUGGGCUAGCCCUGGAGCCAUGUGGGUUGGGAACUCCCAAAAAUCCCACCACAUCCAUCAACACCCUGGGUUUGCCAUGUGUCCACGUGGAACAAGAAUAGGAAAAAUCUUCCUGGGAGGCCCAGCAGAUGGUGCAAGGCCCCAGCUGACUCCUUCAUGGAGUGAUGGUGAAACUAUCAAGAAUUUGCUGGGACAGUGCUCACUUGCUUCUUAUUUGGGGGUUGUCCUGGUCUGAACAACCUGCCCGCAACAUCCAUUUUUCCCUUCCUCACUGGCUGCGACUUUGUGGGAACAAAUCCAGGCUCCAAUAUCUCCACCUUGACACCACCAAGGACUGGCCCAGCUAGACAAGGAGAAUAAUUAGACUUUGUGUAAAUAUGGAAAAGAGAUUCGAGCCUGAAUGGAGUGAAGGUGCUGCCAUUGUUCUGUGGAGAUGAAGUGGCCUGUCUGCUCAGGUGGCGGGGAAGUGAAAGUUGGAGGGGUAGAGAAUGGUUGAGGGACAGAGGCGGGGGGGGGGGGAAGAGACGAAGAGAAACAGGGUGAGGGCAAGAGGGAUGGAGGGAACGUUGAGAGUCUGAGGUUGGGCGAGUCCAUGUCUUCAGGAAGUUACAAGAGGCACUUGAGGCUGCACUGACCCCACCCGAGAGCAGGGCCCCCGUUGUGCCAGGCACUGCACAAACCCACAGUGAGACAGCCCCUGCUUCUAGGAACUAGCAGUGUAAAUGGGCAAAGACAGGAUUAUUAUCCCUAUUUUGCAAAUGGGGAAACUGAGGCAUGUGGGAGGUGCAGCAACUUGUCAAAGGUGAUAUAGGGAGUCUAGGGCAGAGCACGGAACAGCAUGCGGGUGUCUAGGGGCCUGAACCACAAGAUCAUCCUUCCCCAAACCUAUUUUCACAGCCAGCUACAAAGGGAAUCUGGGAUUUCACCAGGGAGCUUUCCUAUCUCCCAUCUGAGCUGUGGGGUGGGCUGCUCCCAGUGGCCAACUAAAGUAAUUAUGC